GACGCUUCUGCUUCGCAGGAAGUUCCUUGUUACUCUCCCUUGGCCACAGCAGCAGAUAGACUGUCCCCAGAGCUGUGGCAGGAGCUGGCUGUGCAUCCGCUCUCAAUGCAGGUGAUGGAGGAAGAAUUUCAGUUCCUGCUUUGCCAGGGGUGCCGGAAAGAACCCAGGAAUCCCAAGCUCCUGUCCUGCCUUCACACUUUGUGCACCGACUGCCUGGAAGAGAACAAGCCCGUUGGCCAGUGCCCCAUCUGCCAGGCUCCCAUCCCACAAGUCAGUGGGAUCCCAGACCAGGACAACCUGCUCUUCGCCAAUCUGCAGGCCAAGCUGAGCACCUACCAGAAGAUUGUCAGCAGCAGCGACUUGGUCUGUGACCUCUGCAACGAUCAGGCCGAGUUCUGGUGCUCUGAGUGUGAGGAAUUCUUUUGCAUCAGAUGCUUUGAGGCCCACCAGUGGUUCUCGAAGAAAAAAAGCCAUGAAACCAGGAAGGUGAGGGAGCUGAAGGCAGAAUCUGCCAAACAGUUUCUGGAGGGAGCAAGGAAGUCCAGAAUCCUCUUCUGUUCCAAUCCCACCCACAAUGACCAGAACUACAUUACAAGUAGUAUCUACUGCAGAGGAUGUUUAAAGCCUCUUUGCUGUUCCUGCGCGCUCCUGGAUAGUGAGCACUCAAAACUCUACUGCAACAUCCAGACGGAAAUCGAGCGGCGGCAGGAGGAGCUGGGGAGCCUGAGCGAAGAGCUGAAGAGGAAGAAGGCCCACUUUGAAGAUGUCUAUAAAAGCCUGAAGGGCAAAGCUGACCACAUAGACCAGGUGAGGACUGAAAACCAGGAGCUGAUCCGAAAGAGAGUUGAACACAUGGUGAAGCUGAUCCGAGAGAAGGAGCAGGAGCUGCUGGAGAUGGUGGACAGGCAGCACCGCCUGCGGAACGAGGACCUGGAGGGGAAGCUGAAGCAGAUGGAAGCCGUGCUCAAAAGGCUGGGGGCUGGUGAGCAGCUAGUGGAGAAGAUGCAUCUCUAUGCAUCGGACCAGGAAGUGAUGGACAUGCACCCCUUCAUCAAGGAGUCCUUAGAGGAGCUCAUGAAGCUGCAGCCUCUGGCAGUGGGAGCUAGUGUCCAGGCUGGAGACUUCGCCGAGUGUAAAUCCAAACUCCAGGCUCUGUUUGAAAGAGUGACUGGGGAGAGAGAUGCUGCCUUCUGCGCUGCCCCAGCAGCUCCAGUGACUGAAGUGUCUUCAGCUAAGGACUGGCCAGGGGAGUUCACUCAGCUCAGGACUCGAGAGCAGCACCCGGUUCCCAUGCUUACCAGCAACAUCCAGGAGACACACCUGGGCAUAGCUCCCCCGGGGAAGAGGAAACCAGGCCAAGCUGAAAAGGCCAUCCAGACACCUCCCAAGGUGCUGAAGCUUGAAUCUCAGCCCAAGAUGCUGGAGAGAACCCCCAGCAAGUGCGACCAGGGCUUGCUAGACUGGGACCUGCAGCCUGGGCCCAGCACCUCAACACCCAGCAGAAACUGCGGAGGGGCUCCUGCAGCGAGGGGCGCUGUGCUCUCACAGGAGCUGGGAAACGCCCACUCUGAGCCCAGAGAUCAAGAAGACUCCAGCAUCGUGAUAAGCAGUUCCGAAGAUACCGACGAAGACACGGUGCUCUCCAGCGUGCUAGAGGGCAGCAAGGACUCCUCCUCAUACCUGCAGUUCGAAUGGGAAAGCAGUGCGCCAGGCUCUGGGGUCGUGGCCAGCGCUGGCUUUGGGGGAAGCACGCUGGUGUUCUUCGACAUGAAGGUCAACAAAGACACACAGAUGAUCACUCAGCUGGCUGCAGCAAAUGGAGAAAACAGCUUUAAGGCUGUGAUACAAACCCCAGAGUCUGUGCUCAGUUUGAUUUCACAAGGCGUCUCCCUUGAGACAGGGCUAGAGCACUUUCUCUGCUAUCUCCGCUCUGUUCCCAAGCCCAUCUUAGUUGUAUAUAACUUCUGGACAUCGGAGCUCACUGUUCUCUUUAAAGCCUUGGAUUCUUUUGCCAAGAAAUGGGACUUCUGCACAACUGUCUGUGGUUACCUGGACACCCUGCCCUUAAUUAAGGAAAAGAUUCCCACAUUUGGUCUUUAUAAAAUGAAGAACCUGGUGAGAAUGUACCUGCAGAAGCCACUGAACGACAGCAGCGCUCUGGCAUCGGCGAAGGCCCUAAGGGAUCUGUGUAAACUUCUGGAGAUCCACACAGAUCCAGAUCCGAGGCCUGUACUCUCUCAUUGCAACCUCGAAUCUUACACUUCCCUCCAGCCUUUGCUGCAGGAGAAAUUGCUCACCAGGUCUGCCGCAAAGACUCUGGCAAUGCGCAGUAUGGUCCUCUGUGAACUGCAGGAGUCAUAGCAGGAGAGAGGGCUGCCAGUGACUUCAGGUCUCUCCGUGAUCAGCCUGAAGCUCUGAGUGAUAAGUUAUAUUACUAUUCAGUGCUGCUGCUGACGGUCGACCUGCUUCUACUGGUGCCGUCAACUGUCAGUGUAUCUGUGCUAUGGAUCGAGCUCUGUAUUCCCGAUGGGCACCUGGGAGGAAGCUGCUAAACAGCUAAAAACAGCUCUCCCUUUUCCUAGCAAGAGUGCAACAAGCUGCAGCUUGAGGCCAUUACUGAGCUCCCUAUCCUUAGGUGCUUUUAGCAUGUCAGUCACCAGACUGUCCUAGUGCUCUAUCUGUCAUGUAUGAUUAAACUACUUUUAAAACUAAGA